UCAACAGUGGGACAUACCGUGUCGGAGUUCCAAUUCAUAGGCGUUGCAGUGCAAUCAGAACUUGGAACCUUCUUACAGUUUCAACGUAUAACACUCAUCAUGGUACGCCUUUCGUCACCAAGCGAUAGGAAGUCAACGUCGAACAUCCGAAUACGGUCCACUGUGUCGAAAGCGCUCAAGUCAUGUCAGAUGCCAUCUACACGUUCGGCCUUCAGGGACGUUACUGACAGCAAGACUGCAGUGAUUAAUACAGACAGACCACGCGUAAUGGCCCGUAAUAGACUUGUUUCACCCUCCCAGAGGAUUCGGAAUCGGCAUAAAUGCACCUGCGAACCUUAUUACCAGUCUCCUACUAGAUCAGAAGAACCCCCCGGCUACACUGAAUAUCGCGAAGAAGACGAAUUUACCGACGUGGAAGACGCCAUUCAGAGACACCAGAAUCAUGAAGACGAAGAUGGUUCCUCGGACUCUGACUGGGACGAGCAUGCGACUUUAAUUGCUCUCUUAGACGACGGGGAGGAGGCUCCUGAAUUUGCUGAUGGCGUAGCUAUCGUUGAUCGACUUUCACCAGUAUUCCUUGCUCAUCGCCGAGAAGCAACAGAACAGUUCAGGGAGACUCUCGUUCCGGUGGUCACUCGAGUAGGAGAGGCUCACAAAUCCCUUUCGCACGACAACAAUCCAACUUUGCUCCGUGGAGUCGCCCUAUUUGACAAAAGCUCGAGAGCCCUCGAAGAUGCUACAAGGCGUGAACACGAUCAAGUAGUUCGGGCGUUUACUAGGGUGAAAGAAACGCUCGAAAAUUUAUCUCUUCAGCUCCAAGAUGUAUGCGCUGAAAGUGACAAGCUCCUCAAUACUUAUGAAAAGGCCAUCGACGAACUUGUCCAACGACUUGGAGGUUAUUCGAAAUCGGUGCCCGGGGACGUCGAGAAACUCAUAUGCAAACUUGACCAGACAACGAAAUCUGUCGCAGCCGAAGAUCAUGCAAAAGCCAAGGAGAAACUUCUGCGAGGCAUCUUGGACAGAUACUGAGUACAAUUUGCCUUCUAUUGCACGUCAUCGUGUUCUUGCCAGUGGAUUCAUCACGGAAUUUUCGUAUUGUUUGUAUGACUUACGUUGUUAUUUAAAUGCCAAUCCUUCAAGCUGUUCUCCUACCGUUACUGGUUAUAAUUAAUCGAGUGACUGAAUUACACUAAGAAGCUCUGGCGCUGAGCCUUCAGUCGCGGAGCUCAAUAGUAAAUUGGAUGUACAUUUCUAGUCUAGAAUACGUUUCUUGAUAGUUCUGCCCGGUCGCCGACUCGCUCUUCAAGUUCGUUAUCCCAAUAUCCCCAUGCGGCUUUGCCGGAUCUGGUUCAAGACAAGUGCUGAAGCUGAAGUGUUGAAG